AUGAAAUUAUAUUCUGUUUUCAGAUCUGGGCAUUUUCUAGUUCUGCUUUGUCUUUUCACUGUAGAAGGCAAAAAGUCAGCUACAGGAAAGCAUACCUGCCGAAAAGGACUCCUCUCUCAAGUGACAGAGAACCUGUGUAUCAAGGCAACUAGUUUAAAAUCAUCUGUUCCUAAGGAUCUCAUCAAGAACACAAGACUGCUUAAAAAGACAACAAAAAUACUGUUUAUGCUUCCAUGUGCCCCAUCCACAAGGUUAACUUCUGCUGUCAAAAAAUUAAAGAAAACAUUUCUUAAGCUUGGAGAGAAGGGAAUCUACAAGGCCAUCCAUGAGCUGGAUAUUCUCCUUCCCUGGAUUCAGGCCUACAUACAAAGCAUCGUAUGA